AUGAAGUUAUUACUUCUAUUUCUCACAACGCUUACAACAUUGUCGAUUACCUUUUCUUACUCAGCAUCGAAUGUGAUUCUAGCCAAUGAUGCGACGCUUCCACAGCUCAUCAAAACCCCUGGUAAGUACACAUUCAUUGACUUUUAUGCCGAUUGGUGUCGUCAUUGCAAGAAGCUCCAUCCUAUAGUUGACCAAUUGGGUGAGUUGUUUGUUGACCAUCCUGAGAUCCAAAUUGUCAAGAUCAAUGGAGAUGCCAAGGAUGGGCGAAAGAUGAGCAAGAAAUAUGUCGAGUUGGGCUAUCCAACAUUGUUAUUUAUUGACAAUGAUAGUGGUAGAAAAGUCGAAUUUGAUGGUGAUAGGAGUGUGUUAGGAUUAAGUAAUUUUAUCCAGCAAUUGAGUGGAGUAAGACUACAAAGUGAGGAAGAAGAAGAAGAAGAAGAAAAAGAAGAAGAAAAAGAAGGAGGAAAACACAACGCCAAGAAAGGUGUGGAAAAUAUUACCCAAGGAGGUACAAAGGAUAAACAACUGAAUGUACUCGACAAGAAUAAAGAAGCGGUAAACGAAUAUGGUGACGUUGUGAUAUUGACUCCAGAGACGCUUGAAUCAACAAUCAAGAGCAAGCCAUUUGCGAUAAUCUCCAUAGGUGCCACAUGGUGCAAUUUCUGCCAAGACUUUAAGGGGACAUUUACUCAACUAGCAACCAAAACAUUUGCAAGAGAUACAGGUUCAGGGUCACUGCCAGGAUCUCUUGUGUUUGGACAGCUCACGAUCGAUCAAUUCGAAAAUGGUCAAGAUGUCAAUGUCAAAUUCAACAUAAAACAUUAUCCCACAUUGCUCUUCUUUAAACAUGGAGAUGUUAAUACACCAACAAAGUAUACUGGCGACAAGAAGAAUUAUGGGAAACUCGUGAAUGCAAUUAAUGCUUAUGCGGGAUUAUCAAGAGAUAUAUCGGGAGAUUUGAAAGUGGGUGCAGGAGUAAUAGAGAAACUUAGUGAUAAAUUUAGUGCUGACAUGGAUCCGUUUAAAGUUUUACAAGAACUUACGGAGUCAGAGAAAUUAAUUGAGUUAAACAAUUUCGAUGAUGGUGAUGGUGAUAUUGAUGUUGAUGUUGAAUAUUACAAAUUGAUUUUAGAGAGUUUGAUCAUUGAUUCUCAGGCCAUUGAAAUAGAGCAGAAUCGCCUUGAAGAGAUCUUGCACAAGGAUAUUGAUAAGUUGAAUGGAAUCACGAUUGAUUCUAUUAGAAAGAGACAGAAUAUCCUCAACCUGAUCAAUCUAGACAAGAGGAAAAAGUAA